CCGGGGGCGGGGGCGGCGGCGGCGGCCCGCUCGAGCCAUGCCGAAUAAAAACAAGAAGGAGAAAGAAUCACCAAAAGCAGGAAAAAGUGGAAAAAGUUCAAAAGAAGGACAAGACAUAAUAGAAUCAGAGAUUUCCAGCAGGAAAAACAGCCUUGCUGCUGCCUCGCCUACAGUAUCGAGUAAAAUAAAAGUGCCAGUCCCGCAGCCUAUAGUGAAGAAAGAUAAGCGGCAGAAUUCUUCCAGGUUUAGUGCCAGCAAUAAUAGAGAACUUCAAAAACUACCAUCUUUAAAAGAUGUUCCUCCUGCUGAUCAAGAGAAGCUUUUUAUCCAGAAGUUACGUCAGUGUUGUGUCCUCUUUGACUUUGUUUCCGAUCCACUAAGUGACCUAAAGUGGAAGGAAGUAAAACGAGCUGCGUUAAGUGAGAUGGUAGAAUACAUCACCCACAAUCGGAAUGUGAUCACAGAGCCUAUUUACCCAGAAGUAGUCCACAUGUUUGCAGUUAACAUGUUUCGAACAUUACCACCUUCCUCCAACCCUACGGGAGCAGAAUUUGACCCAGAGGAAGACGAACCAACGUUAGAAGCAGCGUGGCCUCAUCUACAGCUUGUUUAUGAAUUUUUCUUAAGAUUUUUAGAGUCUCCAGAUUUCCAACCUAAUAUAGCGAAGAAAUAUAUCGAUCAGAAGUUUGUAUUGCAGCUUUUAGAGCUCUUUGACAGUGAAGAUCCUCGAGAGAGAGAUUUUCUUAAAACUACCCUUCACAGAAUCUAUGGAAAAUUCUUAGGCUUAAGAGCUUACAUCAGAAAACAGAUAAAUAAUAUAUUUUAUAGGUUUAUUUAUGAAACAGAGCAUCACAAUGGCAUAGCAGAAUUACUGGAAAUAUUGGGAAGUAUAAUUAAUGGGUUUGCCUUACCACUAAAAGAAGAGCACAAGAUUUUCUUAUUGAAGGUGUUGCUCCCUUUGCACAAAGUGAAAUCUCUGAGUGUCUACCAUCCACAGCUGGCGUACUGUGUAGUGCAGUUUUUAGAAAAGGACAGCACCCUCACUGAACCAGUGGUAAUGGCACUCCUCAAAUACUGGCCAAAGACCCACAGUCCAAAAGAAGUCAUGUUCUUAAAUGAAUUAGAGGAGAUUCUCGAUGUGAUUGAGCCAUCAGAAUUUGUGAAGAUCAUGGAGCCUCUCUUCCGGCAGUUGGCCAAAUGUGUCUCCAGCCCGCACUUCCAGGUGGCGGAACGAGCACUGUAUUACUGGAAUAACGAGUACAUUAUGAGUUUAAUCAGUGACAAUGCAGCCAAGAUUCUGCCCAUCAUGUUUCCAUCCUUGUACCGCAACUCGAAGACCCACUGGAACAAGACAAUACAUGGCUUGAUAUACAACGCGCUGAAACUCUUCAUGGAGAUGAACCAAAAGCUAUUUGAUGACUGCACCCAACAGUUUAAAGCAGAGAAGCUGAAAGAGAAGCUAAAAAUGAAGGAACGAGAAGAAGCAUGGGUUAAAAUAGAAAAUCUAGCCAAAGCAAACCCCCAGUACACAGUGUAUAGUCAGCCGAGCACCGUGAGCGUUCCGGUUGCAAUGGAGACAGAUGGGCCUUUAUUUGAAGAUGUGCAGAUGCUGAGAAAGACAGUGAACGAAGAGGCUCGCCAGCUGACUGGGAAAAGUGACGUGGAGUCCUCAGCCGCUGGCUCUCCUGAGGUGUUCCUUUACUUUGAGGAGCGACAUGUGCCCCACGUCCCACUUCUCUUGUGUUCCUAAAGCCAUAUUUCCAAGUCUGUGGUCCAGCGCCAGGACUCCAGGAAUAAGCUCACAGGAGAAAUUUAUUUUAAAAAGAGGUUUCUCUAUCUAUCUUGAGUGGAAUUGGAAUUUUAAAAUGACGCAUUCAGUUUUUUUGUUUGCAGAAUGUUUUUUCUCUACUCAUUGUUGCCCUUUAACAAGGCUCUUGAAUUAAUAAAAUUGUAAUCUCUAAGAAUUCCACCUUUUGUAGAAAGUGAGAAUGAGGUCAUUUUGAUUAGGUCAGUUCUUGGCUAAUGCAGGCUGCAGCUGCCUUUGGGCAGAACGUGACAGAAAUAACACUGUAUGUGCUGGGCACAGCCGUGACGUGCUCUGCUUGCUGUCACGUGGUGCUCAGGGCUCAGAGGGAGCAGCAGUGAGGAGGCUCCACAUGGAUCUUUCUGGUGGUAAAGCGCACAUGUAAACACCUCCUGAGGGAAAUGCAGUGUCUGAGUUUCAUCGGUCUUCAAAUGCUGCUAUAUAUCUCACAGACUCCUUGCAUGUGGUGAACUUUUUGUUUUCGAUGGAAUAGCACGAGGAGAAAAAAAAUCUUUAAACUUAGUGCUUUGUCUAUUCUUUAUUUCUCUCAGGGUGGCCAGUAUUUUGACUUAUUUAUCCUGCUUGAAAGCUAUUGAGACGUGUACUGCUAUUCUAAACAAGUGGUUCUAGUUUCUUUUGUCUCUGGCAUAAGAUUAUAUAACAAUGUUAAAUGUCUCAAUGCAUAAAAGAUAAAACGUGGCUUCUUUUAGGAUCUGUUUUUUAAUUGAGGUCUUGGGUGUCCAUGAAAACGUGAAGAGCAGCAGACCUCGUUCCCUGUGUGGCUGUGGGGGCCUGUCCCCAUUGCUUUCACUUAAACCCACUGACAAUGUUUAUUUCCUGUGUCAGAGGAAAAUCUUUUGUGGGGAGGGGACUUCUUGUGUUAAGAGCAAGUACUGAAUUCAAGGAUUGCCCCAGCUGAAAGUGGAAAAGCCCACUUUGUGAGAAGAAACAUUUCCUGAGAAACUUGACGAGUAUCUAUCCAUUUUACCAUUAUGAAAUUUAUAAUUUAAAAAAGUUUAGAUGCCUUCUUCUUUUGAGGGAAAAAGGGUGCUUUUUAUUGUAUAAAGCAGCGUCUUAUGUAUUUUGAUAUACCAUUGUUUGAACUUCCGUCUUUAGCUGAUAGAUUCUCAAAUAUCCUUGAUUUUGGACGUUCGGUAUGUUUGUGACAGAGGCGUCUGGGAAGACUCUCUUUUGCCCUAGGGAAAAAGCAAAAUAUCAAUGUUUGGGUGAUUGUGUACAGCUCAACGUACAAGAACAUCUUUUUGUCUAGGUUUUAUUUCUGCUCUUUAUUGAAGACAAACAUUCACCAAAAAGGGACAAAAAAAAAGUUUUGAGAGAAACUAAUUUUCUUUGACAAGAGUAUUAUUUAGUAUUUUGGCCUAUUAAAGUUUUCCUAGUUAGUACUCAGAUUCCCUGUGCUAAUUGUUCAACUUAUAUAUUAUUAUAUAGAUGCACUGUUUAUUCUGUACCAAACUGAUUUCAGAAGUACUACACUGAAAAUAAACUGGUGACUGUUUUUCUUCAUAAAGUUCUGCGUUUGGCAUCUUCACUCUUUCCAAAAUGUAUCCGUACAUCAGAAAUGUCACUAUUCUGAGUGUCUUUUUAGUGUGGCUUUAGUAUGGCUUCCUUUUAAUAUUGUACAUACAUUGUAUCUUUGUUUUAUGGUAAUAAGUAAUAAAAAUGUAGACUUCA